UACAAAAACCGACAUAUUUUAGUGUGAGUUUUUCCAAGGGUGGCAAUGUGGCCGAUGGAACAAGCACCACCGCCAGGCAGGAAGCUUCGGACUCGUCGCCCACGGAGUCCUCCGCCACCGAGAACUCUAGUCCCCGCUCGCAGAUCGGGAAUGCUGAUUCGGGUCGCCAGGGAAGCGAGGAGAGCAGCUACGCACAAGUAAUGCAACAAAUAAUGCCGCAAGUAAUGCAACAACUAAUGCCACAAGGAAUCCCUCAAGGAAUGCCUCAGGGAAUGCCCCAGGGAAUGCCCCAGGGAAUGCAUCAAGGAAUGCCCCAGGGUAUCCCCCAACCCAAUAUGCAACAGGGAACACCAAUGAACAUCCCGCCGCCCAACCGCAUGAGUCCUUGCCACAAUCCCAACGCGAUACCUAACUUCCAUCCGAAUGGCCAAAACCCUGAGAUCAACAGGAUGCCGCCAAUGGACGGCGCAGCUGGACGAGUCAAUGCCGCCAAUGGCGAGAUGAACCAACAAAUGAGGGCUGCUCCCGCCCCCGUACCCGUUCCAGUUCCUGCUCCCGUCACCGCCCCCAGCCCCGAUCCUCGACAGAAUUUUGCAGCCAAUAUGGUUAACAAGCCACGGCCGACCACUUCAAGUAACCCCGGGUCGAGGGUGUCAUCGCCAGCCGCUCCGAGACCCAAUCAUCCACCCGGAACCCCAGCUCCGGAAGAGACUCCCAACCAGCCGAAGAUCACCCAGCCAUCCUACGCAUCCCUGCUGCAGUAAAAGCAUCUUACGUGAUUUCUAUACAACUACCUCCAUCGUCUUCCGGCCACCAUUUAAAUUAUAUGUAACCUACGUUCCUUUUUUUUCUGGUCAAAUAAAUUAAACACACCAU